AUGAACACGGUUCAAAAGUGCUUAGAAAGCAAUACUAUACGCCGAAAAAGCAAUAGAUUAUCUACUUUUGAUAAUUCAAGAAACUUGCCCAAAUGUGAAGUGCCUGACCCAAUGUCUGAGAGUCAGAAAGUUGUGGAACACAGAAGAAUGCAGUUGGAGAAAUGGAAAGAAGAAAAAGAGAGAAGAAAGAAAGAAGCUGCUGCACAGAAGAAGAAACCGUUCAUUGCUGGCAUUGUGCACCUUCCGCUUAAAUAUGUUCCACCACCUCCACCUAGACCAAUGAGAACUAAAAGUCAAUUUACACAACAUUCUAAAGGCUCAAAAUCAAACAAACCUUUACAUUCAUUUGCACCAAGUAAUGCAUCAUUUAAACCUCCGGAGCUUAAAAAUGUAAAAAAACUUCCUACUUUGGCAAGGGUACAAAGUAAGAGAAAAAAGAUUGAUAUAACGUUUGACCCAGUAGAGCCAGAUGUUAGCCAAAAGAAGCCUUCAUUAAAUUUAGAUAAAUCGAAUAGCUCAUCAACAAAAUCAGAAUCAGAGGAAUAUCCUAAAAGUAAAAAUAAAAGUUCAGAGGAGAGACUUAGGUCUCCAAAGGCUUUGAAUACUGAAGAGCAACAAAUUGUAGAAGUUCAAAAAAUAAGUCCUUGUGUCACACUUUCUCCAAGUAAGAAAAUGGAAGGAGGUUUGUUGAACGAUGUUAUUAGUGAUAUGGAGAGAGUGGCUUAUUUUAGAGGACAACUAGACUCCGAAGUGAAGCGCAUUACACAGAUGUGUGAAACUUGGGACAGGAUCUCUCAGCAAGUACUUUUGUCUGAGUCUGCACUGGAGAUGGUGCUGUGCGCUGUGGGGCAGGCGCGGCUGCUGGUGUCGCAGAAGUUGGCGCAGUUCGGGUCGCUGGUAGCGGCCUGCGAGCGCCCCGACCCCACCACUGGACUCGUCACGCCUACCGACCUCGAGGGCUUUUGGGAAAUGAUUUAUAUACAGGUCGAAAAUGUGAUCUUGAACUUCAAGAAACUAGAAGAGCUUCAAGCCCGCAAUUGGAUUGAGGAAACGCCAGUGAUACAAAAGAAAAGAGCCCCUAAAACAGCUAAAAAUAAGAGCAAGCCUGCCGCGACUAGUCGCCUUCGUGAUCUUAUAGCUGCGGCAAGAAAAGCAAAGAAAAAUGAAGAUCCUCCAACAGUACCAAGCGAAGAAGAUCCAACAAACUCAACAACAAAAAUUUUUAAGGGGGGUUUCUUCUGCGUGUGCUCUCCAAUCAGAACUCUUAGUCCUCGCAGUACACCUUCGAACAAAUUCGGUUUGUUAAAGGAUGUGCUAGCUAGUGAGGCUAAAAAAGCUGCUUCAGUUUCUAAGGAUUCUACGUCGUUAGCAAUGCUGCGAGCAUCAAAAAUUGGUAGAAGUUUGAAGAAAGAUGACACAGCAUUAGAGGCAAUAGAUAAAUCUCAAGUGCCACUAAUUCAAAUAAACCUCAUGGCGACACCAGGCAGAAGCAUUCUUAAGUCUAUAAACGUAGCAUCAACUCAGAGGAAGGGCAAAAAAUCCAUAAAAAUAGUACUGUUUAACAAUUCAGAUGGUGAAAACAGUUUUUCACAAAGCCCAGAGGCAAUCGAGAAGGUUGCAGAGGGCAAUGUAGACAGUGGCCUAUCCUCAAUGGAUGUAGAGAAGGAAACAGAUCAGAAUAAAGAAAAUAUGAAGCAAAAGUUAAAGCUGGUAAGACAGAAUGCGUUUGAAGAUGGAAGUCCAGUUUUAACAAGAAGCAGACGUAAGAGUGAGACGUGA